AUGGCCAUUGUAGUUGCUGUAGACCUUGUUGAUUGGGCUUCUAAAGCUUUGGUUCAAGAGAACAUCAAGAAAGGCCCUGAGUCUAUUGAUCACUAUCUUCAGAAGAUUAAAGAUUCCAACGAUCAACUUUCGGCUGUUGGGGUUGAUAUCUCUGAUGAAGAUAUCACCAUUCUCACUCUUAAAGGUUUGCCUGCAGAGUACAACACUAUUAAGGCUAUUAUUCAUGGAAGGGAGAGUGUUUUGUCUAUGAAAGAGCUUCGUUCUCAGCUCAAGGCAGAGGAGUCUACUCUUGAAGAAUCUGCUCGCCAAAUUCCCUUGCUUUCUGCUAUGGCUGCUACUCCUCCUGUUUCAGGUUCUGUGCCUCCUUCUGGUAUGCCUUAUGCUCCUUAUUCCUCUGUUCCUAUGCAUCCUGUGCAAUAUGAUUCUCCUCCAUCCUCUGAUUUUCGUGGGAAUAAUUUUCGAGAUCGUGGUAAAGGCAGAAUGUCCUAUAACAAUUUUCAACGAUUUUCUGGUAAGUCUGGUCAUUACAAUAACUCCACUGGCUGGGUCUUCUUCUCUGCCUACUUGCCAAAUUUGUCACAAGAUGGGUCACAUUGCUGCUACUUGUCAUUAUAG